AUGGAAUCUGCGCGGGAGAUAAUGUGCUGCACCUGCCUGAUAAAAACCAAAAGUUACGGCCGACGAAACAGCGUGGCCCCGCUGGGUUCGGACACCGAGUUGGGGAACGUUGUCUGCAGGACAGACCUGUCUUCGGAGAGGGGCAAACAGCUCCAGAUUGCCCGCCUUAGUGUGGUCUGCGCUCUGGCUUCACUCGCUCUUAUUUUCUCGUCUCUGGUCGAUAUUCAACACUUCACUAAUCUUGAGUUUGCUCUCCGUAAAGCACGUACUCUAUUCACGAACCUCACGGGGGAUGAAACGCUCUUGCACUCUUUGCAAGUUGAAAGUGCCAUGUCUGGAUUCUGGCACAGGUGGAAUAGUAACUGUAGGACUAAUAUGUCUUCAAACCUAACUGAAAUUUUAACUUUUGAAGCUGGUCUUCGUCAAAGCUAUACAAACACUGACCUUGCUUGGAGUACAUGUACCUUAACCUAUUGUGCCUCUUUAGAUUCCAUUGAAACCAUUGGGUCGACCAUCAAUGACAUUUUGCAGACGAUAAAAGUGCACCGUUCCCGCCCAAACCAAAUCUCUUCCGUCUCAGGGGUUGGUUUUUACUACAACCUUACCGGUUCGUUAGUAACGGCUGUUUCGAAACUUAUAAGUAAAUCUGAAGUUGAGAAUUCUGGAGUUUUUAUUGCAAGUUACGAUUCGCUGAUGUUAGCGAAGGAUUAUUAUAGCAGGGACAUGUAUGGUGGGGCAAGUUUCUACGCAGGAACAUCAACUCUGGGAUUUGAGUCAACUCUUUCUGUUGGAGAUGCUUUCUUUGCUCAUGCAGUUAACAUUGAUGAGGAUAUUUUGAACGUCUUUAAAGAUGAGUUUAAUGGAAAUACUACCCGGGAAAUUCUUGAAGAGAUGUCUAAGAUAAGACAAACGACUGUAGAGAGGACGGGCAAGUGUGAUUUUGCAGAAGCCUUAAGGUGGUUGGACACCUCGGCGGAGUUUCUUGUAAUCUUGCUUGAGAUCCAGCGCAACCGGAGAGCGCGACUCAUCGAACAUAUCACCCUUGAAAUCGAGUCCACGACCCGUCUGCUUGCCUUGGAGUUCGCGGUCACGAUCCUCGUGGUCAUCUCGUUCCCUUUGCUUCUUCAUUCAGCGUGUAGCAUGACCGGGUGGAUUCAAGACUAUAUCAAGAGGCUACAGGGGAAGACGUUAGAGCUACAGAGAGAGAAGAUGAUCGUGGAGGGGCUGCUGUUUCAAAUGUUACCCCCGACCGUAGCCAAUCAAUUACGGAGGAGCAAAUCGGUGCCCGCUGAGAGCUUUGACAGCGUCACAAUAUUCUUCUCUGACAUUGUCGGGUUCACAUCCAUCUCUGCUCAGAUAACACCUAUGCAGGUACGGUACCCCACCCCAACCCGCACACAUUCAAGUGUUUAA